CGGCAACAGCUGAAAGCCUAGAAGCAAAGAUCACUUCUGCCGACCCUACCCGGGUGCUCAGGGGCAGGUGACACAAUGACGGUUUCCUAGGCGCUGGCUUGACAGUUUCAUCCCCGCCCACUGGCAAUAGAGCUCCCAGGGCCGCUGCACACGCGCACGGAGGGGGCUAUAAAAGCUGCAGCGGCGGCCAGAAGCGGAGCUCGCCCACCACCCGCAGAGACACGACCAGCCAUGCACGUGAACGGCAAAGUGGCCCUGGUGACCGGCGCGGCGCAGGGCAUAGGCAAAGCCUUCGCCGAGGCUCUGCUGCUCCAUGGAGCCAAGGUAGCAUUGGUGGAUUGGAAUCUUGAGGCAGGUGUAAAAUGUAAAGCUGCCCUGGAUGAGCAGUUCGAACCUCAGAAGACACUCUUCGUUCAGUGCGAUGUGGCUGACCAGAAACAACUGAGAGAUACGUUUAGAAAAGUUGUAGAGCAUUUUGGAAGAUUGGAUAUUUUGGUCAACAAUGCAGGAGUGAACAAUGAGAAAAACUGGGAGCAGACUCUACAAAUUAAUUUGGUUUCUGUUAUCAGUGGGACCUACCUUGGUUUGGAUUACAUGAGUAAGCAAAACGGAGGAGAAGGCGGAAUCAUCAUCAAUAUGUCUUCAAUAGCAGGGCUCAUGCCUGUUGCACAGCAACCUGUUUAUUGUGCUUCAAAGCAUGGCAUAAUCGGAUUCACACGCUCAGCAGCGAUGGCUGCUAACCUUAUGAAAAGUGGUGUAAGACUGAAUGCCAUUUGUCCAGGCUUUGUGAACACACCCAUCCUUGAAUCCAUCGAAAAGGAAGAAAAUAUGGGCCAAUAUAUAGAGUAUAAGGACCAGAUCAAGGCUAUGAUGAAAUUCUAUGGAAUUUUGGACCCAUCAGCCAUUGCCAAUGGAUUAAUAAGUCUCAUCGAAGAUGAUGCUCUCAAUGGUGCCAUUAUGAAGAUCACGGCAUCGAAAGGAAUUCAUUUUCAGGAUUAUGACAUCUCUCCAUCCUUUGUAAAAACUCCAUGAAUCUCCUAAGCAUAAGUCAUAAUUGAAAACAAGCACAAGUGACUCAUUCAGACUGCAUCCUUGCUGAUAGAGCUUUUCCAAUGAAAUGCUGUACGAUGAAACCUACCUUCAUGUAUUUGAUGUUGAUAUUUUUCUGAAUUAGUUGAAUGUAUGGUUAAAGAUGUUUGAUAAGCUAGCAAAAAUGAAGUGCAAAGCAAAACUGGGUUAUGACCUACAUAAU